GCCAAYAUGGCGGCGGCCGCCGGGGGCUGAUCGGCGGAGCCCGCCGGGCCGCGCGGCAUCCACCCGCAUCCCGGGCCCGUCGCCCGCUGCCCGCCCGCGGCGCCCGCGGCUAUGCAGAGCGGCAAGAGGGGGCCCGGCGGCGGGGGCCGGGAGGAGACCUUCCUGCGGGUGCGAGCGAACCGGCAGACCCGGCUGAACGCUCGGAUUGGAAAAAUGAAACGGAGGAAGCAAGACGAAGGGCAGGUAUGUCCCCUCUGCAGCCGACCUCUGUCAGGAUCCGAGGAGGAGAUGAGUAGGCAUGUGGAACAAUGCCUUGCAAAGAGAGAAGGUUCAUGCAUGACUGAGGAUGAUUCUGUGGAUAUCGAGAACGAGAAYGGGAACCGUUUUGAAGAGUACGAGUGGUGCGGACAGAAGAGGAUACGGGCUACUACUCUCCUGGAGGGAGGAUUUCGAGGUUCUGGGUUUAUCAUGUGCAGCGGGAAGGAGAAUCCAGACAGUGACGCUGACCUGGAUGUGGAUGGAGACGACACACUCGAAUACGGGAAACCACAGUACACAGAGGCAGACAUCAUCCCCUGCACUGGAGAAGAGCCAGGUGAAGCCAAAGAAAGGGAGGCGCUCCGAGGUGCUGUUUUAAAUGGUGGCACACCCAGUACUCGAAUAACACCGGAGUUUUCUAAAUGGGCCAGUGACGAAAUGCCCUCAACGAGUAAUGGUGAAAGCAGUAAACAGGAGACCAUGCAGAAGACCUGUAAGAACAGUGACAUUGAAAAAAUUACAGAAGACUCUGCAGUGACAACAUUUGAAGCGUUAAAGGCUCGUGUCCGUGAGUUAGAAAGGCAGCUUUCCCGUGGGGACCGCUAUAAAUGUCUCAUUUGCAUGGACUCCUACACAAUGCCCCUGACUUCUAUUCAGUGCUGGCAUGUGCACUGUGAAGAAUGCUGGCUGCGGACUCUGGGUGCCAAGAAGCUCUGUCCUCAGUGCAACACCAUCACCUCUCCUGGAGAUCUUCGGCGCAUCUACUUAUGAAGGACUCAGCAGGAGGGCGGAACCCGGCUACGGCUCAGCUCAUCACACCCAGGGGGAGAAGAACGACCACAACAAAAAAAAGACGUUUUAAAAUUUAAAGAAAAAACAAACCAGAGACUCCAGACAUGGACUCGAGGAUAUAUGAGCAGUGGGGAGUCUCRGCUGCCAGGUCACACAAGUUGAGACCUUCUUCAGCAUCUGCAGYGGGCAAAACCAAAUCCUUUGUUGUGAAGCCCCCUUUUUUAAUACCAGUGUUCCCCAUCACCCAUUCCCUGGAGCUGGCUUUGCAUUGAGGAUGGCUCGUGAGCCCUCCUUUGGACUGUGUUGUUGACCACUCUGUCCCCAGGAGACUGGGGAAGGGACCCUUGACAGAAAGAUGUUAAAUAACCUGUAACUUGUGUUCUUUGAUCAGUUUUUGUUUUGUUUUUAUUUGGUUUGGUUUGAUUUUUUUGUUUGGUUCUGUUUUGGUUUUUUGUGGUGUUCUAGUGAUAACUAAAAGGUUUAAAGAAAAAAAAAACACACCCAGGCAGAAAUGAAGCACAUGUAAUAUAGAUUAUAUAUGUUUACAAUGUUGUGUAUAAAUGGGAUAGACUCAAACAUUACAUACUAAUAAGUUUCCCUUUCUUUUCUUUGGGUUGUAUUUUUUUUAAAGAAGAAAAAAAUGAGCAGAGAACAUUAAACCCAUAUUUUUCUUGGUUCAGCAAAGUUUUGGCAUUAAAGUCAUUAGUUUAAAAAAAGUAUAUAUAUACAUAUAUAUAAUAUAAAUGGUUUAAUGUUCUGUGGUGUAUAUUUCCUCAUUCAGAUAUGAAGUUAACAGCUUUUAGUAAUGGCUGUAGCAUUGCCCAUAACUUACAGAACUUAUGGGGAGUAGAGGAGGUGGAUUUUUGUCAUUAGUUGUAGCUAAUGGGGCUAUUUAUAAUAGAAUCGUUAUCCCCGGAAAGACACAGCUUUUAACUCCUCACCGGGGGCCGGGCAGGACARGGGGAAUCUGGCUCAGCCCCCUUUGUCUUUCCCAGCUGGGAAAGGGGCAAACGGUGAGGAGCUGGAAAGAGGGAGUCUGUCAGAGCACUGCUCUCUCCCCUGGCUGGGACUGCCUGCUCGAGGGUCCAGCUGAUCCCUGUGCUCCUCCAGGCCACAGCCCCGUCCCCUGCCCUGCCUGGCUUUGYUUUCCUCCUCUGGGCAGCAUUUCCUGGCUGAGGAUGCCUGGGCUGCUCAGGACGAUGCUGAGGCAGGACAGUGGGGAAGUGGGGAUGGCAGGGGAYAGAAUGGUCCUGCUGGUGGCUUUGCCCAGACUCAGCUGGUUUCCUUGCAGGGCUGCCUGGCAGAGCUGUGCAAGCCCUGCAGAGCCAGCCCUGCCCUGUGCCCGCUUYCCCCAGCUGCCACUCUCCUGCAGCCUGCGUUUUUCCUAAGACAUUUUGGCAUUAGGGCAGAGAACCAAGCCAGCCCUGCCUUGUCCCCACUGCCACCCCCAGGGYCCAGCAGAGACACUCUCACCCAGAGGUCCCACGCAGCCCCAGCUUCUUCCAUGCAGUCCCUUGUGCUUGUCCCCGUCUCCCAUAUCCCCAGCCUUAACCAAAGCUGCCAUCUGGCCUGGUUUUUUGUUGUUCUUUCUUUUAUUGUCAGGACCCAAGAAACAGAUACCAUUUCCCAAGGCCUUGUGUGCUGACUUCUCCCAGCCCACUGUGCAUCCCUCCCACAGCUCCAUGGGCAGUUGUGGGGUGCCAACUCCCCACAGCCAGAAGACGGAGAUGGGAAAGCUCAUCUGCCCCACUCCUUUCCAAGCAGAUCCCACCUGGCAGCACAACGUAGCUGGAGCAUUUUAAGCCAUCUGGAAACAGCAGUGGAUGAGGGGUUUGGAGUUGGGACUCCAGGGGUGCUGGGGUGUUUUCAGAGAGGGAAGGGCUGGAGAAGCAGGGUGCAUGGUGAGUGUGACAGUCCCACUGCUGCUUUCCUGCCCUGAGCUCUUGUGCAGAGAACAGCUGUAGCCUUAGCAUCUCCUGAGUGAUUUCAGAAGGAUCCUACUGCACCCAAAAAAAAAACCCCAAAU